AUGAAACAAAAAUUACAAAAUUCUGUUCAGUCUAUGGAGAUGGCAGUAUUAUUUCGUAUACAACGUGCCAGCUCCUCUUCAAUCCGACGUGCAACGUCAUUUCACUUGUCCUCCUUGGUCAGCGAGGCGUGUCAGCUUCGCACAACUUCCUCUACAGUUUCCACAUCCACGACAAAGAACCCCAGCGUGAUCAGCAUCAGCGGACACGAGAAUGCCUGGCGCAAGAUGGCCAAGAGUUCUGCAUGGAUUUGGAGUUGUCCAGACAUUUUGGAGGCAGAAGGCCGGGCUCACUGUCUAUCUGCACUCAAGUACAAUGAGCGAUUCGACCCGCAGACGGCUAACAUAGACUUGCGCAUUGACUGGAUGGAUUUCACGUUGGAUGUUUUGACGGCCAGAGAUUCUGUCUUUCUUUACUUUUUGAGAAGCACAGCUAAAGAAAGAAACCCAAGCACGGAGCUGCAGCUGGUCGAUGCCGCGUUUCAUUUCCACCGGGGCGAGCUCGAGAUGCAAAACAGCAACCACCAGCGCCCAUAUAUGGACCUUGGCCGUUGCGUGCAGCAACUCGAGACUCUCCUCAGUGAGGAAGCCAAAAGAUCACACUCGUAUUUCGAAAUCGCCAUCAACGAGUUUGGGUAUGCUUGCCUGACGCAGUGGAAGCCCGAUGAGGCCCUACGCGAGUCUCAGCGUUCGUACACGAUUUUAAGAGACUUGCGCCAGCUUACGAAGCAAGCGACGACAAUGGCCCAAAUGAACAUGGCACUCGUGCAUGACAGCCUGGGGCAUCACGAAAAGUCAGCGCAAAUGUUUGAGCAGGUUUUGGCCAAACGCAUCGAACAGCUGGGCGAGGACGACCACUCUUCCUUUGUUGGAAAACCGUACCUCGGCUGGGGUAAUGCGAUGGCCGCUCAGGGCCGGCUAGACAAGAGCUUCAAGCUGCAAGUUCGAUGCCUCGAGCACAAGCGAUCGGUGGGAAACCUCCACCACCAGGACUGGAGAUGGCUGGGUCAAAGACUCUGA